ACGAUGGACUCUAGAAGCUACUCCAGCCCUCCAGACAGGCUCUCGGUCUUCUCCGAGUCUGCCCACUUGCCACCAUCCAGGCCCUUCUACUUGGACCCCAUGGUCACUGUCCACCUGUGCCCCGAGACCCCUGUGCCAUCCCCUUACACGGAGGAGCUGCCUCUGCUGCCCUUUUCCAGCGAUACUCUGAUCAUGGACAAUUAUGGGGACCCGUACCCCUUCCCCUUCCCCAUGCCUUAUGUCAACUACAGGCGCUGUGACUACGCCUAUGGACCAGCCUUCAUCCGCAAGAGGAAUGAGCGUGAGAGGCAGCGAGUCAAGUGUGUGAAUGAAGGCUAUGCCCGGCUGCGCCGGCACCUGCCCGAGAACUACCUGGAGAAGCGACUCAGCAAAGUGGAGACCCUCAGAGCUGCCAUCAAGUACAUCAGCUACCUGCAGUCUCUCUUGUACCCAGAUGAGACUGAGGCCGAGAGGAACCCUCGAACCACCAGCUGUGGCCCCCUAGACCCCUCUUUCAGAGUCAUUUGAGUUGGUGCUUUCCAAAAUGGGGUCUCCUACAGCAGCAUCCAGUAGAUUGUCACACACAUGGUUUUGGGGAGGGGACAACAGUAGUCCGACUACCAACCUUCAUUAAAUGUUGCUUACCUGGGUUUCAGAUGUACUGAAGUAUCUCAUGUGGACUGAGAAUCUCAUGCUGGCCUCACCACUCUAAGAACGCCGAGGGUGCAGAGUUUCCAGGGGUCUCUGCACCUCCCACCCCAUUCUUCUUCCAGCCU